CUGCAGUUUUACUUCCUCCAUCGGACACUCUCCGGCUACUCAAAGCGGUAAUCGCCCUGCUUCAGUCUGAUUCCAAACAGGUAAACAGGUAAUAUUACUAGUCCUCUCACUACAAAGUCUAAUACAUUAGACUGAUCGCUAUGAAAUAUCGCCAUAAUCUCGGAGCUGCAUCGGUGGCAAUCAACUCCCGCACAAAGUUUAUUCAAACACGAGCUGGCAUUGGAUUCGCUGCCGCUCAGCAUCUCGUUAAUACCGGUCAAUAUCACCUUCUCCUUGGCGCCCGCUCGCUAGCUAAAGCCGAAGACAUCAUCCAGCAGUUGAAGUCACAGUCAAACACCGUCGACAGUUCAGCCCUGACACCCCUAGUCCUCGAUCUCACAGACGAUGUCUCCAUCGCUGUCGCAGCCAAGUUUGACACCAACGUCUUCGGGGUGACCGUCGCGACCACUGCAUUCCUCCCACUCCUGCGCUCCUCUACAUACCAUGACCGUCGCAUCAUCAAUGUAACAAGCAGCCUAGGCCUGAUUGGCAUUGCUUACUCGUCCACCUCCGAGUAUAAAGUCAAAUCUUUCGGCUUGCCUGUCUAUCGUAGUAACAAGACGGCCUUGAAUAUGCUCACAGCCGUGGAUGCCGUCACUCUGGCCGAGGAGACCGAUUCUCGACCCCGCCAAGGUGCUCCGGAUAUCGUGCGGGCGAUGACUGAGGGUAACCCAAAGGAUCUGUACAGCAAGGUUGUGGAUGACGAAAAUACUCUAAAGAAGUUUGGCUGGUAG